GAAAUCCCGAGAAAACUCAGAAAAGAGACGUAACAGAGAGAUCGAGAGAGAGAGAGAGAGAGAGAGAGAGAGAGAGAGAGAGAGAGAGGCAACCUGCAAAUUCCACGAAAAAGUAGAUUGAGCUCUGCCAAGCCAACAAGGACAUCCUUGUGCUACUCUUACUAGUGCCAACGAACGGAUUGAUCCCGAAUUCGAAGAGGACGCAUCCUGCAUCGUGCCGCAAUAGAAGACCUAACCAGCAAAUAGGAAAGGGAAACCAUAAUGAACCAGAGCGAAAACUGGAAGGUAGUUCCCGUGAAUGAAAAGUCGCUGAUGAAGAAGAAGCUGCAUGCUCCAGGGGCGAAUCUUUCUCUGUUCAAGUUAGAUAUCGAUGAACUUAUAGACGAGUUUGUGGAGGGUGAUAUGACAAUGUUUGAUGAUAUGAAGAGAGUGUGGGGAUCCCGAAAGUUUUCUUAUAUAUAUGAAGCCAUUCCUAACACCAACUUAGCCUUUUUCAUGCAGUCACUAUAUGCUCAUGCCAUCGGUCAUAUGGUUAGUAUUGGAGAAUCCUUUUCACGAAGACUUGGAGGUCUUUACUGUCUCUACUGCCUUCAUGAGAUCCAACCUUUUAAACCCAAGUUCAGAAUUUAUAUCUCACUUCAAGAGCUUGGGAAAUUUAGGGAUCUUAUAGUUGAGGCAAAAGAUGAAGGUGUAGAGAUAGCUACUGCUGUGGCAAAACAAAUGCUUGAUAAAAACGUGUUUAUAUUUGGAGGUGUGGAAGUUAAUGAAGCGUCUGCAAUCGAGAAACUUAAUCAUUCAACCGAGCUACAUAAUGCACUUGUGCGUUGUGCCAUUAACACGUUACUCUCUGACACCGAGAUUAAGCAUUAUAUCAAUUUGGAUAUGGGUAAAGAAGUUGAACUGAGUUCCCUACAAAGAAGGUCUAGAGAAUAUGCAGCGUCCAGGAACCACGCAGUAAAAUGUGCAGGAGACAUAGUAGAGACUGAGGACAUAAAGCACAUAGCGGAAGAGAAAGAGAUGGCGGGAGAGAGAGUGGAGAAGUUGACAGAGGAAUGGGAUUCGAAAAAACUUUCAUUUUAUGAACAAACCAAGUUUGAUUCUCUUACUACGACCCAGAAACUUCUGACAGAUGUUGAACAUAAUGAAGAUGAUGGGUUUGAUGAGCUUGACCGCAUACUUUCUGAGAGUUGAUUUAGCCAUUGAAAUCACCCCGCUAAUGAAAAGCUCUCUAUAGACAUGACAUUUACAUGAUGAGGAGCUGCAGCACAAGCUUUCAUAAAAUCAAGAGAGCAAAGUGUUAAUUAGGAGAAUUUAGUAGUUAGUCUUCUUGUGAACUCUGUAUCUAACAAUAGGAUUAGGGAUGUUAGUUAAGGUGAAAUGCCUAUGUCCGGUCUGCAAAUUUUGUUUCUUCUCUCUAAUGAUUUCAAGGAUGAUGUUUUUUGUACUACUAUUUGAAAAUAUAUCAUCUCAUAUUCUCGAGCAUAUAUUAUUUUAUCAAUUAGGUUUCCUCUGGUCUAAGAUAUGAUUUGG